UCCCUCGCCGCCAGCCGAGGAGACGAAGGCCGGAAUCCGCCGCCGCGUCCAUCGAGGAGCGCGCGCAAGCCACCAUGAAGUUCAAGGCCUCCUUCACCGACGACGGCAUCUCCCUGCUCGACAAGCGGUUCCUCCCGGCCAUCGACAAGGUGGGCCGCGUGUGCCACGUCUACCUCACCCCCACGCACGCCAUGCUCCUCCACAACCUCCUCGGCUCCACGGGGCCCGAAGGCGACGGGCCGCAGUGCGUCGCGCAGUUCGCCAAGGACCUCCUCUUCCGCGAGUACAACGUGUCGUCGCGGGACGGCAACCGCGUCGCCUUCUCCGUCGACGUCGCGCUGCUCCAUCGCGCCAUCCGUAGCGCGCUCGCCGUCCACGCGCAGUCGCCGGCUGACGGGGACGCCCCCGCGGCGAUUCAGGUCAAGCUCGUCAACAAGCAGACCCCCGGGUCCCGUUCUGCUGCCCCGUUCCUCACGUUCGAGACCAAGGGCGCUCGCUCCGCCGUCGUGCAGGACGUCCCCAUCUCGAAGCCACUGUCACGCUCCGAUGUUGCGCGCUUGCAGGAUGCGCUUGACGCCGCCCAAGAGCUUCCUGAGACUCUGGUCCAGGUUCCAGAUCUGCAACAGUUACAGAACCUGGUGGAUCGUCUAAAAAACAUUGGUGAUCUGCUGUCUGUAACUGUUACCCAAUAUGGUGAUCUCCAUCUACAAGUUUCAACUUCUCUUGUUACCGUUGGUUCAGAAUUCAAAAGGCUUCGGAUUCUUGGUGCUCGUGCAAAUGCACCUGUUGUUGAUCAAAAUGUGAGUGCUACCAUUCGUAUGGAAAUGGCGGUUGAGAGAGGCGAAGCACUGUCAGUGCAAGUGAGUAUGAAGCACCUAGUUAAGAGCCUACAAUGUCAUUUGGCCAAGCCAGAUUGUACCUUCUAUGGUAUUGCUCCCAAUGGUGCUUGCUUGACAGUGAUAUUCCAGUACUUCAUUCCAGGAACACGGUUGACGGACAAAUCCAUUAGCUUUUACUGUAGGCUUCCAGUCCUUGACCCUGGCACCAGCUAAAGUAAACUAUAUCACAGCAUGGUACUUACUUGCUUUUAGUAUCAGUAGAUUAGGUUAGGUAACAUUAUCUAGCUGGUGUGCCUUUAGUUUUAUGACUUGUUUGUGGCUUUCAUAUAUAUUAACUUGAUGUCUUGCGUUGGUGACAUUCGGGUGUGGGUACCUCAAUAUCGACCCUGAAAAAUACCUGAAUCGUUUUGAUCUACAAAAAUGUUGUGCUAGUUUCUUUGUUC